CUGAUUAUUCUGUAACCUAUUAAGCGAUUAGAUUAACGUGCCCAAACCACCGCGCACUGCAUCGGUUCAUUCGUAUAUGCGUUCGUCAAAGAACGAUUAAAACCUCCGAAGGCUGUACAAAACGUUUCGUGUACGUGUACGAUAUAAUAUAAUAUAAUAUAUUAUUGUAAUACUCGUUUAUUUCUCUUAGUUUUCCGUUCGUUUGAAAUAUAAAAUUAUAAACAUUACUGGAAUUUUUUUUAUCGGCAAUCGGUUAAAACUUAAAACGUCGUUAACUCGCAAUCGUUCGACCGGCUGAUGCUUCGAGGACAUCCGCAGUAUCGCAACACGACAAUUAGAGCCAAAAUAUACACUCGAAACAUGUACGUUACAGGCGAAGAAUUCACGGCGGCCCGCGCGACACUCGCGGUCCACGGUUCGCGGUACAAUAACCCGUGAUCGGGCGAUGAAGUCAUGUUCCAAUGUUCGUCGACGAGCACAAUCGGCGCCAACGCAGGUGUCGUCUCCAGUGACACGCAAAACGGUUACCGUGGUCAUUACCAUCACGAUCGAAUAGUGUACGUGCCGUCGUCCAAGCCAAAUAUGUUCGGUCUUGCGCACCACCAGUACGGCGCACCACCGCCGCCGCCGCUGCCACCGCCGACUCCGUCCACGGUCGGCACCGCAGUACAGGGCGCCACCACGCACACGUGGCAGAGCACGCCGGCCCGGGUGCAGAGCAGCAGUCACCACGUCUCCGCCGCCGCCGGUUCGCCGGCCACCAACAACGGUGGCCACUCGAACGUCGUCCCGGUGCAGUCGUCACCGUCGUCGGCCACCCCGCCGUUCUAUCAGAAUGCCGCCGCCGCCGCAGCCAUCAUGUGGCCAAACCCCACGGCCGCCGCGUUCCAGGCUCAUCACUACGACGCCGGAAUGGAUUUGCAGUUCGGAGACGGCCGGGAGUGUGUCAACUGCGGUGCGAUCUCCACGCCACUGUGGCGCCGCGAUGGCACCGGACACUAUCUGUGCAACGCAUGCGGCCUGUACCACAAAAUGAACGGCAUGAACAGACCGCUUGUCAAGCCGGCCAAGAGAUUGGUCGCCUUCGAGACCGCAUCCAACAGACGCCUCGGUCUGUCAUGUACGAAUUGCGGCACCCGAAUGACCACCUUGUGGAGGAGAAACAACGACGGCGAACCCGUGUGCAACGCGUGCGGUCUGUACUACAAACUGCAUAGCGUCAACAGGCCGCUGACGAUGAGGAAGGACGGUAUCCAGACAAGGAAGAGGAAACCUAAGAAGCAGCCUUCGUCGUCGUCCUCUUCUUCUAACGGUUCGUCAAAUGUAGAGAACCAUAGACAAUCCACUUCCGCGGCCAUAGAUUUAUUAGUGAACAAACAUCACGCAACUGUGGAAAUCAAACACGAACACAAUUACGAUCCAGCGGCUGCUGCGGCUGCGGCUGCGGUGGCUGCGGAACACUUCCUCUUUCCCGGCACGGCGGGCGGCCAUCAUCAUCCCCAGCUGGGCGGGUUCAGUUUUCCGCUCCCUCAGGCUCCGGUGCCGGCACACAACUACCAACACCUGUUGAACGGACACAUCAACAACAAACUGAUGGCGUCCUAGAAUCCGACUUGUAUAUAGAUUGAAGUCUGAAACAGCCGCCGUUAUUGGAUUUUGUACAUAAUUAUAUAGUAUAUAUCCUAUAUAUCAUAAUAUUAUCAUAUUAUAUAUUAUAAUAAUAUAUAAUAUAGUUAACAAAGUUCGAUUUCAAUAGUACUAACAAAAUUGAUAUAAUAUUAUAAUAUACGUAGGCAGUUGUAUGUAUGUAAAAGCAUAUAUAACGAUAAUGUCAAUUUAUCGUAAACGCGCUCAUUUUCGGAACACGCAAUUCAAUAUUGUAUCGCUAUCUCCCUAAAAGUUUUUUUAAAACUAUAGUUAUUGCUUAUCACGUCGUGUAUUUCUAUUGUGUUUACAUUUUAGCGCGAUCACAGCCGGGCGUUAUAGUUUUGAGAAAACGUCCAUUUACAAUUUAAAAGGUAUUUACGAGCAAAGAACUUUUUAACGACUAACUGUUUUUUAAUUUGUCUAGUCUUUUAUAUGUAUAUAAUAUAUGUUGGAAGCAUUAAAAUUCACCGAUUUACUGAUUCGUUUAUAUUUUCUGUACCUACAGUUUUCGCUCGACACUGCUUAAUACUCACAAAAUUCUAUUUAUUUAUCUGUUGAAAAUUGUACAUAAUAUUUUAUUACCGGGAGACCUAGAUAAUACCUAUUCUUUUAAGCUAAAUUUUGAUUUUCCAUUAUGUAUAUAUUAGCUUUUUAGAUUUACUAUUAAUUUAUAUUAUGUGUAAGUAUAUUUAUUGUAUAUAGUAUAAUAUACUUAAUGAAAUGUAAAAAAAAAAUUAUUUUAUAAAUAUGCUAGGUAAUAUAUUAUAUUUACUACUUAAUUAUUGUAUACAAUUAAAUGGCUAUCAUCUUAAUGUUAUUGUUGUAGCAACAAAUACAACGAGCAUGAUGACGGUUAGAGCGUAUCUAUCGUUUAUAAUAAAUAAUAUAGUCCCCAACAUAAUGUAUAUUAUAUAUAAUAUGUCUUACUAAACAUAUAGUAAUUAUCUAUCAGACUCGAUGUAUAAAGUCUACUCUAAUAACACGAUGAAAAAAUGUUUGUAUUUAAUAAUGAACUAUUAUAUCAUUUAUAUCAAAACCAUAAAUAAAAAAAAAAACAUUUUUCAGAUGUAUAACAACGUAAUGCACAAAUAUACGUUUUUAUUAAAA